GUACGUAUUAUUUUGCGUUCGGACUCAAAUAUGUUGUUUUAUGACAGUAAUGCAUCAAUGUUAUAAACGAGUGGCGAAGUCACCUUCACUAUAUAUUAGUGCUUAACAUCGGUGUAUUUCAAUUACCUGGUCCUUAAUCAUGGAUCAAGACACCCCAGAGGAGGUCCUUGCAGAAUUCAAGGACAGGCGUCUGGGAGCCUGGGGUAUUUUCCAAAUAACAGCUGGCACGGGACUAGCAGUGUAUGCCAUGUGGGCAGGAGUUCUUAUGCCAGGCUUUCGAAAAGUUCCCCUGAGAUUACAGGUGCCAUACCAACCUGCCAGCAGAAUCCAAGUAAACAAUGUUAUGACGUUGUUGAAAGGUCGACAUGGAACCCUUGUAGACUUGGGCUCAGGCGAUGGAAGGAUUGUGCUAGAAGCCAACCGUCAGGGCUUCAGUCCUGCUGUGGGGUACGAACUGAACCCUUGGCUUAUUUCUCUGGCUCGCUUCCAUGCAUGGAGAGCAGGACAAUAUGAGAAGGUGUCUUUCAGACGAGAAGACCUGUGGAAGGUUAGCCUGACAGACUGUAAGAAUAUCACAGUUUUUUUGGCCCCCAGCGUGCUGUCUUUGUUGCAGAAGAAGUUGCUGACUGAGCUACAAGAUGAUGCUGUAGUGCUGUCCGGUCGGUACCCCUUCCCUGAGUGGACCCCCUGCAGGACUGAGGGGUGUGGUGUCGAUCAAGUCUGGGCUUAUAGCAUGCAGGCUCAGAGACUUCCAGCAGCAGAAGCAGUUACAUCUCCUAAAUCAGAGAUUCAAAACCAACAACUUGACUAAAUCUGAACAAGUGAGAACCCAGCAGUCUUGCAAGUUAAGUUUUGUUAAGUUUUUUAUGUAUUUAUUUAAGAAGUUUUGAUCCUUACAACUUAUCAGGGUAGGGACUGAUAACCUGGCGUACUACAUGUAUUACUACAUGUAUUGUAAGUUUAAUCGCUUGUUCUUGUAACUAGUAUGCGUGAUUCCAUUAUUGUAUUUGACUCAAGAACCGCUUUGAUUUACAUCUUCAAUACUGUCCCAGAGUAAUAUCAAGAAUAGUAAUUCAUAUGGAAACAUUUAAAUGCAAGUGGUUUGUAUCAACUUAAAAGAAGCAUGCAAUGAUAUUCUGACAAACACCAAUACUCUACUGUAGACAUACUCAGGGGAAUGUGUAGUUCUGCAAAUUAGACAAAUAUUUGUAAUAAAUGUGGUAAUAUUUCUAAAGAGAUGUUAUAACUUUGAAUAUAAAGUGUUGUAUGUACAAAUAUUUGUUUUAUUUUUGCUUCAAGCUGAAAAGCUAAAAAGGUGACUGUGUAUUCAGUGUAGGCCAUACGAUAUUCCUGGUGUCUCAACUGUUUUAUUAACACAAAUACUAUGUAUCUGUACCCCAAACCCAAAUAUGUAUCUGUUUUCGACUCUGGUUGUUCUUUACAUCUGUAUUACUACCCCUAUGUUGCACUGACAGACUGAACUCUGACACUUUUGCCAAGCUGAAAUGCAUCUCCGCUGAACCCAUUUUGUGGUGAUGUGGCCAUCACCCUCAACUAAGGGCAUGCUUUACAAGACUGGGACAGGAAGGAGCUUGCCAAGACAGGUUUUGGGAAUCUUAAAUUGAUUGACCAUGCCAGAAUCCAGGAGGUUACUUGCCCAAACCCCAAAACUAGGAGGCUGUCUUAGGUUAACCCAACCCCAAAGCUAGGGGUCUGUCUUAGGUUAACCUAACCCCUAAGCUAGGGGUCUGUCUUAGAUUUACCCAACCCCCAAAGCUAGGGAUCUGCAGUGUCACCCAAGGUGAUGCUCACUGCAAGUGGCCCCUGGCUGAACAGUCAAACUUUGACAUUUCAAACAUUUCCUCAACAAGCAUUUUGCAUUGUUCUCGGGCGUUUCCCCAGACUGUAGUGCCCUAGGUAACUGCCUUGCCACUCAAGACAGAUGGAGGGGAAUAUUGAGACGUGCCAGUAGAAUACAAGGAGCUGACAGCGGCCUGGGCUGCCCCCAUCCUCUCCUGAGGGGGAAGUCAGGACUCAUUGAUGUGUGUUGGUGUGCUUAUUUGCUGGUUAUGAUGCAGGAGUAUUGAUUGUUGAUUGUGUGUUGAGUCAGAGAACUGACAGUUAUGGAGGAUCUGUUGUAACAAUAAGUAAUGUAAUUUCCCAGACUGGAAAAGGCAGAGUGCAGCUGGUCAAAGUCAACGUGUUUCUGCUCAGUCCUGCUGUUGCAUUACAUUUUUCAAGAGUACACCAAAGUGAAUAAAUAAAAUUAU